AUGGAUGUCAAAGAAUGCGUCAGUUGCCUUCAAGACUUUCCAUCCCUUGAGCUCUAUCAAUGUCCAUGCUCACACAAAUACUGUCGCGAAUGUCUUACUGCUCUCCUCUACUUAUCUCUUCGAGACGAAUGGCGCUUCCCACCACGCUGCUGUCGGGAGCCCAUCCCCAUCCCCCUCAUCGGCUGGUUCUCAGAGGAGCUUCUCCUUCGAUUCCGUGACAGACAGCUGGAAUACGAUACGCCGGAUCGUACAUACUGCAGUGCGCCAACAUGCUCAACAUUUGUGCCACCAGCGUGUAUCGUGGGCACGAUCGCACAAUGUCCUACAUGCAGUCAACUGACAUGCACUAAUUGCAAAGGAGAACGACACGAAGGCUUCUGCAGGCAAGAUGACGCAUUGCGAGAGCUUCAAAGGCUUGCAGACGAGAAUCAAUGGGAGACUUGUUAUGCCUGCAACCGGAUGGUCGAACUUCUAGGUGGAUGCGUUCAUAUCACCUGUCGAUGCGGAGCCGAAUUUUGCUAUGUCUGCGGAACUCCAUGGAAGAACUGCGGUUGCCCAGUAGAGAUUGAGAAUCGAGGAGUGCACUCAUGA